AUGGAUGUAGCUGCAGUAAAUAAAGUCUGUGGCGCUUGUGGCUUAAAUGGGCAUUCUAGUGUUGAUUGUCAACUUCAAGCCGAAGGGGUUGCUGCUGUGGAACAAGUCAAUGCCAUCCAAAAUCAGAAUGCCAGACAACAAUACAACCCCUAUUCCAACACCUUCAACCCAGGAUGGAGGGAUCAUCCAAAUUUUUCCUACAGAAACAACAAUUCCCAGAAUCCCUCAUCCUCGUACAACGUACCAUCGGGUUUCCAACAAAGACCUCCCUUCCCACCUCAACAACAACAUCCAUCGAAGUCCAACCUUGAGAGCUUGAUGGAGAACUUCAUUGCUACCCAAAGCAAGCAAAAUGAACACUUCAGCACCUCCAUUAAACAUAUUUUGGCCCACAACAAAAUGAUCGAUACUCAGAUGGCUCAAAUGGCACAGCAAUUGAGUAACUUGUCCAUGCAAAAGGGGCAACUUUCGGGAAACACAGAAAAUAACCCAACCACAUCUCCCCAUCAGCAACUCAAUGCGGUAACUAUGAGAAGCGGUAGGACACCUCAUGAUCCAGCCCCUAAGGUAAAGACUUCACCUAUUGUUGUUCAAGAUUCAGGAGCUAAUGAUGAUGUUUCUGAAGAAAAGAAGGAUGAGUCAGUCAAUUCAGACAAGCCCACAAUUGCCGGUCGAACUUAUACACCACCAGUGCCAUUUCCUUCUAGAUUGGCACAGGCAAAGCUUGAGCAUAAAUAUGGAAAAUUUCUUCAAAUUUUGAGCAAGCUACAGAUCAACAUCCCCUUCUUAGAAGCCAUUAAGGAAAUGCCCUCUUAUGCUAAAUUUCUCAAGGACAUCAUUUCCAACAAACGCAAGCUAGCGGGGAGUGUGGUGGAAACUUUGAAUGGGCAAUGUAGCGCUAUUUUGGAAUGCCAGAUUCCUAAGAAACAAGCUGAUCCUGGUAGUUUUACUAUCCCACUGAAGUUGGGGAAAGAUGUGUCUGUUGUAGCCCUUGCUGAUUUAGGGGCUAGUGUGAGUGUGAUGCCGUUGACAUUAUGCAAAAAGAUCAAUGGCGAGAUGAAAGCCACUCGAAUGUCUAUACAAUUAGCUGAUUGGUCUGUGAGAUACCCAGUUGCUAUUCUUGAGGACUACCCUGUCCAAGUUGGUAAUUACUUCGUACCCUGCGACUUCGUCAUCAUGGAUAAGGAAGAGGAUGCCCGCAUUCCGGUGAUUUUGGGUCGCGAAUUUUUAAAGACUACGACAGCCAUCUUUGAUGUGAAGAAUGGGAAGUUAUCACUUGAGAUUAUGGGAGAACAACUACAUUUCCAUCUCCCCUCAUCCAUGGCACAUCCAGCCAUUGGGGAGACUGUUUAUCGGGUGGAUGCGAUAGUUGAUGCUACUAUAGAAAGGGAGUCCACACCCUCCAUUGUCGAUCCACUUUAUGCAGCUAUUGAGGGCAACUAUGAGAAGGAUAGGGCCGAUGUAAUUGAGAUGGUCCAAGUUUUAGAUGCUGACUUCAGUGAAUAUGCGACGAGCCGUGGCAAAUUGGGGACGACUCAUCGCUUUGUCUCUGGAUGCUCUGCUCAGAUUAGUGGAUAUGCGACGAGUCGUGGCAAGUUGGGGACGACUCGUCGCUUUGCCUCUGGACUCCAAUUGCUCUGUGACGGGUCGUGGUUUUUUAACACGGCUUAG